GAUAUCUUUAAUAGAUUGAGAAUUAGAUAUGAUCCAUGAGUGAAAUAGAAAAUAGGAAAAAGAAAUCUUCUAUUGUUCUUUUUCUUUAUAGCUUCUUUCCUUGGGAGGGAGUAUCCUUCUUCUUACAUGGUCUACUUAAUAUAUAUGUGAUAUCUUAUUUCUGUUGUUUAUUAUAGAUAUAGAAACAAAGGAAUGGAUCAUCAAGAAAGGCUUCUUGAACCAGAAGAAAGAGAUGUUAGCCAUGAUUUGAAAUGGAGAAUUUGGGAGGAAAACAAGAAGAUAUGGAGGGUUGGAUUUCCUGCUACGUUAGCUAGAACAACACAAUAUGGAAUGUUUGUAGUAACACAAGCAUUCAUUGGACAUAUUGGAGAACUUGAUCUUGCAGGUUAUGCACUUAUACAAAUCAUUGCCGUCCGCUUUGCUAAUGGGAUUUUGCUAGGGAUGUCUAGUGCGACAGAAACUCUAUGUGGACAAGCAUUUGGAGCAAAACAAUAUCACAUGAUGGGGAUCUACUUGCAAAGAUCAUGCAUCGUUAAUUUUGUGACUGCAACAAUCUUGCUUCCUGUCUUCAUCUUCUCAGCACAAAUCUUCAGAUUACUCGGCGAAGAAGAAGAAAUAGCGAAUAUGGCUGGAUAUAUCUGCUUGUGGUUUAUUCCCAUUCUCUACUUCUUUGCCUUAGCUUUUACUCUCCAAAAGUACUUACAAACUCAGCUCAAGAACAGGAUUGUCGGGUGGCUCUCUGCUGCCUCAUUUGUACUUCAUGUGCUUUUAUCAUGGAUUUUCGUGAGCAAAUUAAACUGGGGAAUUCCUGGAGCAAUGAGUGCUAUGGGUAUAUCAAGUUGGUCGAUAGUAUUCGGAACCAUAGUAUAUGUCACCGGUGGUUGGUGUCCUGAUACAUGGAAUGGAUUCAGUUCAGCUGCCUUCUCUGAUUUAGUUCCUAUGAUAAAGCUCUCAAUAUCUUCGGGUGUGAUGCUUUGCUUGGAGUUUUGGUACAAUGCUGUUUUAGUCCUCUUAGCAGGGUACAUGAAGAAUGCUACAACUGAAGUAUCUGCUCUGUCCAUUUGCCUCAAUGUCUCAGGCUGGGAAUUUAUGCUAUGCUUUGGCUUCUUAGCUUCUUCCAGCGUGCGAGUUGCCAAUGAAUUGGGAAGAGGGGAUGCUAAAGCAGCAAAAUUUGCAAUUAAAGUCAUCUUCACCGAAUCAAUGUGUACGGGGAUUCUAUUUUUUGUUCUGUGUUUAGCAUUAGACCGCCAAAUUGCCAGAGUAUUCACAGAUGAAGAAAAUGUGAUUGAGGCUGUGUCCCAGCUUUCUGUUCUACUUGCCUUCUCUGUUCUACUCAAUAGCUUUCAGGCAGUAUUUACAGGGGCGGCAGUGGGUGCUGGUCGACAGAGUACAGUUGCAUACAUUAACAUCUGCAGCUAUUACAUAAUUGGUGUGCCUAUCGGUGUUGUUCUUGGAUAUGUGGCUAAACUGGAAAUUAAGGGUAUAUGGAUUGGAAUGGUAAUUGGAGUUGUAAUGCAAGUUAUGGUACUCGGUUACAUUACAUUCAGAACUAAUUGGGACGAACAGGUGAAAAAAGCUUCGGAACGUCUUAAUCGUUGGCUAUUAGAACCAUCAGAUGAAUCUAUUAACGAGAAUGGAAUCAGAUAAAUAUCAAGUAGACUAUUAUUUGUGGAAAAGAAACUAGGAUAUUUUGAUUAAGAUUCUUUAGUAACCAAUCAAUCUUCUUGAUGAGAAUUUCGUUAACAUAAAACCAUAUAAUUUCCUAAUAAUUAUACGGUGGACUGUUCUUUUCCAUUCUAUAUCUACUGUAACCUGAGGCGGACAUCGAUGUCGGAACCCACCAUAUCAUAACAGUCUCCUUUCUUCGGGCAUUGGGUAGACAUUUUAACUUACAAGGCCUGGCCUCGACGCUCUACCAUUUUGGGAUGGCUUUUGUAGAAAAUAAUGAAACUGAACAAAAUAGUAAGAACUGAAUUGCAAUCUUUUAGUAGGUCUGGACUGUUUAGGAGGAUUAUUUACUACUUCCUGUUAAUAAACCACGAGUACUAGGUACAAAAUGUAUUGUCAAUCGUGACAACUUCAUCUUUUAUUAUUCCUAUCACCUUAAUUA